UGCACUCUGACCCUCUGAGAACAGCUGCAUUAGUCCAUGAGUCUGUGUUCUGCACCAGGACGGACCGGUACAGGUGGUUUUCACACGGAUCUCUCCGACCUUCACUAGAUUAUCAUGAGUCGACGCACUGAUACCAUGGAACUGGGGGCUUGCACCAAAAACCCGGGCUUCCAAGAUGUAGAAGACGACGGUCCCCCUUCUGAUCCCUGCAGACCAGACCCCGCAGACAAGCAGGACUCCAUCGGGGUCAGGCUGGACCCGGACGCAGCGGAGGAGUACACGCAGAUUAAACCGUACGCCGGGAUGCCCAAGGAGGUCCUGCUGCUGUACUCCACCCAGGCCCGGUACAGGGUGCCCCGUGAGAUCCUGUUCUGGCUGAUCGUGGCCUGCACCCUGGUCCUGGUGGCCUUGACCAUCACGGUGAUCGCCUUGUCUCCACGGUGUCUGAGCUGGUGGCAGAUAUCCCCAGUGUACCAGGUCUACCCACGGUCCUUCAAGGACUCCGACGGAGAUGGGGUUGGGGAUCUUAAAGGCAUCCAAGAGCAGCUGGAUCAUUUCCAGUAUCUGAACAUUAAAUCAGUGUGGAUCAGUCCCUUUUACCGCUCUCCUAUGAAGGAUUUUGGCUACGAUGUGGAAGACUUCAUGGACAUCGACCCUCUGUUUGGAACCAUGCACGACUUUGAAAACCUCCUGGCUGAAAUGCACCAGAGAGGUAUGAAGAUGAUCAUGGAUUUUAUCCCCAACCACACCAGCGACCAACACCGCUGGUUCAAUCUGAGCCGGACCGGACAUCCACAAUAUAAGGAUUACUACAUCUGGACUGACUGUAAUGCAUCUGACCCAAAGCCGAAUAACUGGGUGAGUGUGUUUGGAAACUCAUCAUGGACUUACGAUGAUGUUAGGGGCCAGUGCUACCUCCACCAGUUUCUCAAAGAGCAACCAGACCUGAACUUUAGAAACCCAAAUGUCCGUGAAGAGAUGAUGGAUGUCAUUCGCUUCUGGUUGGAGAAGGGAGUGGAUGGGUUCCGCAUGGACGCUGUGAAGCACAUCCUGGAGGCUGCGCAUUUGAGAGAUGAACCACAAGUCGACCCAAAAAAGCCUCCUGAGUCUAUAACAUCUGAGUGGGAUCUGUAUCAUGACUACACCACCAGUCAGUUGGGCCUUCAUGACCUGCUGAGGGAGUGGAGGGCGGCGAUGGAUGUCUACAGCCGAGAGCCUGGCAGAUACAGGUUCAUGGUGACAGAGUCAUAUGAUUACCAGGAGAUAGAGAAGACUAUGAUGUACUACGGCACCCCACAGGUCAAAGAGAGUGACUUCCCCUUUAACUUCUACCUGCUGGAUUUACCUCAGAACACCAGUGGCCUGUGGGUUAAACAUCUAGUCCACCUCUGGAUAGCUAACAUGCCAAAGGGACGAUGGCCCAACUGGGUGGUUGGGAACCAUGACAGGCCUCGCAUCGGUUCCAGUGCUGGCCCCACUUAUGUUCGUGUCAUCAACAUGCUGCUGCUGACCCUACCAGGAACGCCCACCACCUACUACGGUGAAGAGAUUGGCAUGGAGAACAUCAAUGUCACACAGAGCCAGAUACAAGACCCGGCUGGAAAAUAUAAUGCAAGUGCCAGUCGGGAUCCCCAAAGGUCACCAAUGCAGUGGAGUGAAGACAUUAAUGCAGGUUUUAACAGCAAAACCAACAUCACCUGGCUGCCUUUACAUCCUGACUACAAAACCGUCAAUGUUGAGAUCCAGAAGAAAGAUGAAAGCUCUGUCCUGGCUCAGUACCGUUACCUAAACACCCUGCGUGAGUCGGAGCUCAUCCUCCAACGCGGCUGGUUCUGCUACAUCCAUGCUGAUGCCAGCAUCUUCUCUUAUCUCAGAGAGAUGGACGGGCUUAACAAAGCUUUCCUGGUAGUGCUGAACUUUGGUCAAGACUCUGUCAUCACAGAUCUCUCCUCUGUUCAGGAGUUACCAGAUCAGUUGAAGGUGGUGAUGAGUACAAACCAGAUCAACAAUGGAAAGAUUCUGCAAAAGUCUCGUAUCCAGACUGAAGCAGGGGAGGGUUUGUUGAUUCAGUUCCACACCAAUACCCGGUUUAACCCCAUCCACUCCGAGCAGUGCUACAUCUCUGAGAAGGCCUGCUAUUUAGGGGUCAUGGACAUACUUUAUAAAUGCUAAAAUAAAAACACCAAAGAUUAAGAUAAAUAAAUCUUUACCGCUGUUGAGAAUUUCUUUGUCGGUUCAUGAGAUUAUAUUAUCUAAUAAAAUGAUGACUGCAGUUA